UUUAAUCAAAUUUUCCAUCAGUUAGACUCAGGACACUGGAUUAAACUGUGCGCUACGUGAGAUUAAUCAUGACUGUCGCUCUUCCAGCCGAAAGUGCUAGAGAGAAAGCACUCAGUUACUACCGUCGCAAACUUGUUGAACACAGAGGAAUAGAUGCCAGACUCAAAGAAGCUCGGGAAAAAUCAAAAGCUGUUUCGAAGGAGUAUGACAAGGCGGAGAAUGACUUAAAAGCUUUACAAAGCGUUGGACAGAUAGUAGGUGAUGUUCUGAAGCAGUUGACGGAUGAUCACUUUAUUGUUAAAGCCAGCAAUGGACCGCGAUAUGUUGUUGGUUGCCGACGAAGUUUGCAAAGCAGCAAGCUGAAACCUGGUACAAGAGUGGCAUUGGAUAUGACAACAUUGACAAUUAUGCGUCAGCUACCUCGUGAAGUGGAUCCACUUGUUCAUAACAUGUCUGCAGAAGAUCCUGGUUCUGUGUCAUAUGCCUCCGUUGGAGGAUUGGCUGAUCAAAUUAGAGAACUCAGAGAAGUCAUUGAGCUUCCUCUUAUGAAUCCAGAACUGUUUCAAAGAGUUGGUAUAACCCCUCCUAAAGGUUGUCUCCUAUAUGGUCCUCCAGGAACGGGUAAAACCCUUUUAGCACGCGCUGUAGCCUCACAGCUUGAUGUUAAUUUUUUGAAGGUUGUAUCCAGUGGUAUUGUAGAUAAGUAUAUUGGUGAAUCAGCUCGUCUUAUCCGAGAAAUGUUCAACUAUGCACGUGAUCAUCAACCGUGUAUUAUUUUCAUGGACGAGAUUGAUGCUAUUGGUGGUCGCCGUUUCACUGAAGGUACAAGUGCUGAUCGUGAAAUUCAGCGUACUCUAAUGGAGUUGCUCAAUCAAAUGGAUGGUUUUGAUGCCCUUGGUCAGGUUAAAAUGAUCAUGGCAACUAAUAGGCCUGAUACACUUGAUCCUGCUUUACUUCGUCCGGGACGUUUGGAUCGUAAAAUUGAAAUCCCUCUACCGAACGAACAAGCUCGAAUGGAUGUGCUCAAAAUACACGCUGCUCCAAUAGCCAAACAUGGUGAAAUAGAUAGUAUUGAAAAUUGCAAGUUCCUUUAAACGGAUUACUAAUACACUUAAGACCAAGUUUUUAUGACGUUAUUUGGUUUCAUAUUUAUUGACUAAUAAGUCAAAAAACCGUAUAUGUCUGCUUGAACAAUAAAAUUAAUCUUCAUACACGAUACGUUUGACACAGCAUUAAUGCUGUAUGACUGACUUUGAGGAAGCUAUAAACCGAGUUUUAUUCUUGGUUUUAAACAAAUGGACUGCAACUGGUGAAAUAGUUCCAGGGUCAGGAGGAGGAGGAGAGAUAUGUAUCUUUUUAGUUGUUUCCAGAUAUUUACGGUUUUCAAGCGCUUUUUGUGAGGUAUUUCCACACA